AUGAAGAUUUGGUCACGCAUGCGAAAGGAGUCCAGAGGGUACUGGUGGCUAACUGAUGAUUUCUUCCUCAACUACAGGGUCAAUUUGCGAACUCAGAAGCGCCUGGCCUCAGCGGUCAUCGGCUGUGGCAAGCGCAAGAUCUGGCUCGACCCCAACGAGCAGAGCGAGAUCUCCAAUGCCAACUCUCGCCAGACCAUCCGAAAGCUCAUCUCCGAUGGCCUCAUCAUCCGAAAGCCCGUUACCCAGCACUCACGAUCGCGCGCUCGCGAGCUGAACCUCGCCCGACGAGAGGGCCGACACCGUGGCUAUGGUAAGCGUAAGGGUACCGCCGAUGCCCGUAUGCCUAGCCAGGUCCUCUGGAUGCGCCGCCUCCGAGUCCUCCGCCGUCUCUUGGUCAAGUACCGUGCCAGCGGCAAGAUCGAUAAGCACCUUUACCACGAGCUGUACCACAGCAGCAAGGGUAACGCUUUCAAGCACAAGCGUGCCCUCGUUGAGCACAUUCACCGUGCUAAGGCUGAAAAGGCCCGUGAGACCGCCCUUCAGGAGGAGAUGGAUGCCAAGCGUGCGAAGAACAAGGCUGCCCGCGAGCGCAAGCAGGAGCGUGCGGUGGCGAAGCGAAAUGCUCUCCUUGCCGAGGAGUAA